CACUCAUCAGCUUCAAUGACUGGUUUGAUUGUAGCUGAGAACAAGAGAGAAGAUGAUUCCUCAUCAGGGAGCCAAUACCAAAAAGGAGUGAAACAUCUAUGUGAGAAUGGCAUUACAAUUGUCCCAAACAAGUAUGUAUUGCCUUUACCAGAGAGACCCAUUAAUGCCACUUCUGAAGAAGGUAACCAUAUUCAGUUGCCCAUCAUCAAUUUUGCUCAGUUACAAGGCCCUGACAGACAACAAGUUCUUAAUACCUUAUCAAAAGCUUGUGAAGAAUAUGGGAUUUUUCAGGUGAUCAAUCAUGGAAUUCCAAUCAAUGUUAUAAGUAGUAUGAUUGAUGUGAGUAAAGAGUUCUUUGAGCUUCCUUAUGAUGAGAGGGAAAAGUAUAUGACAUCAGAUUUGAGUGCACCUGUUCGAUAUGGAACAAGCUUUAAUCAGACUAAAGAUGGGGUUUUUUGUUGGAGAGAUUUCUUAAAGCUUGUCUGCAAUUCUUCUACUUCGGAUAUCCUUGCUUGUUGGCCUUCCUCACCUGUGGACUUGAGGCAAUUGGUGUUUACUUAUUCUAAACAAACCAAAUCCUUGUUUGACAUGCUUAUGAAGGCCAUCCUAGAGAGCCUAGGAUUGGUAGAGAAUGAAAAUGAAGAUCAUUUCUUACAACAAUUCCAAGAUGGAAGCCAGCUAAUGUUUAUCAAUUUCUUCCCAUCCUGCCCUGAACCUGAACUUACUUUAGGAAUGCCUCCUCAUUCUGACUAUGGUUCCCUCACCCUUGUUCUUCAAGAUGAAGUUGAAGGUCUUCAGAUACAACACCAAGGAAACUGGUUCACUGUCAAACAAAUCCCCAACUCUUUCGUCGUAAACGUCGGCGAUCAUCUUGAGAUAUUCAGCAAUGGAAGAUAUAAGAGUGUGUUACAUAGGGUUCUUGUGAACUCUACAAGGUCUCGUAUAUCAGUGGCUUCAUUACAUAGCUUGUCAUUUGAGACAGUAGUUCAACCAGCUCCCAAAUUGAUCAAUGAAUCUAAUCCAAGACGUUACAAGGAUACAGAUUUUGCUGCUUUCCUUAAAUACUUAUCAUCUUGUGAAUCAAAGAAGAAGAAUUUUCUUGAGUCUAGGAAGUUUACUUCAAUUGAAAGAAAUUAAAUUCAAGAAAAGUUGAGAUAGGUUGACUUUUGUAAGAUAUGAUCAGGUAACUAGUAAUGAUUUUGUCGCAGAGUGUAAGGAAUAUCAUGUAUAGUAGAUCUUACAUGAA